UUUCUGUUUCCCUGGUGGAAAUUCUAUUACUCCUGGUGGUUCAGAACUUGUCCCCAUCCCAUGACACACAUAUUUCUCAUCGCACUCAUCCUCUGCAAAUACCAUCAUCCAUCGUUCCCCACUGCCCGCCCACCACCUUAUUGACUCCCCUUCAGCUGGCAGUGCACCACGUGUUCUCAACAGAUAAGGCGAAAACAGACCUUGGUUACCAACCCAUAGUGGACCCCCGCCAUGCCAUGGAUGCCACGAGGGCGUAUUGGAGGCGCACAGCGCAAAGAGAAGUCCCCAAGCCUCCGCUCAUAGUCUGGGUGCUAGUCCCUCUGGGUCUCGCUUUGCUCUACCUGUCGGCCUUUUACCCCCGGCCGUCUCUCCCGCCGCCCGUGUGCUGGGUGCAAGACCUGGGUGUUUUUCUCUUCAUGUCCCGGAGUAUGCUGCAGACGGUGUGGUGGACGGCGCUUGCCAUUCAUUUAACCGAGGCGAGCAUUGCCUGGAUGGUGGCUCGGAAUUCAGGAGGUUCGGGGGCAAGGGGAGCUGAGGUGGACGGGUUGGAGUGGGACGAUGGGGAGGGUGGCAAAGUGGGGCCGUGGAGUGAAAGGCAGAAUGCAGCAGAGUGGUUCGUGCAGACAUUUCUGUUUGGGUUUUGGUCGCUACGGUUGCUGUUGCGGCGUGUCGUCUGGAGGAUGGUUGAUUCUGAGCAAAAUCAGCAGUGA